CGUAGAAUUACUAAUGCUGUACACAGCUUGGUGUUUCAGACAAGUUGACUAUCGAUUGAAGUUUCAGACAAGUUGACUAUCGAUUGAAUGACGUAGAAUUACCAAUGCUGUACCCAGGGUAUUCGUCGAUCUUAUAAAACAUAAUUAAAAUUAAAACUAAUAACACUAUACAUUGGUCCGUAUGUUCAGUUUAUUUUAAUUUACCGUAGACUAUACUUUAAAGAAUAUAUAGUAAAGUAAACAUAUGUGAAUAACGUCCUCACUGACCUUUGCCGAUGGGGGCCGUACAAACCAGUAGAGAAAUGGUUUGGGCGGUGUCGUAUUCACGGGUGUGUAUUUAAUGGACAUAGUUAACACGGGUUGUGUCAGUCUCGUUUCAGGAUCCGGAGGUGGCGUACGGUAUCCAGAUUCUACCUACGAUCUCUGAACAUAGUCUUACUUAGAGGAAUUCUACAAUGUCGGAUACAGCAAUAUCGUAUUUUCUGGAUAUCAAAAUCGAUGAAGCAUGUUUAACUAAAUGCAAGGGGAAAACAUUGAAACAGAUCUUAAGCUCUGUGAACAUGAUUCUCUCACAAAAAGCCGGGGACCAGAAGGGCGGCAAACCAGCAAGUGUAUGUAAGACGAUUCAUAAAUUCAAGGUGACUGGUGAGCCCCGGAUUGUUACAGUUGUUAACAUAUCAGGAGGCGAAGCUAUGUUGGAGAAGCUCCUCUCGGACCUUGUAAACAUUGGUAUAACAUGUGUGACCUGUACACCCCUCAUACCCUAUGAGGUAUUCGUUCAGACAGUGCUGGGGGUCGAUCCUGACCUCUGUAAGCCCUCGCCACAUAAACUCACCAAGAAAUACAUUAGCUGGAAUGAGCUGACUAUUGGUUACCAGGGAAUGACAUCAGAAGAAUUCAAAAAGCUUUGGAUGAAAGAGGCAAGCACAGUCCUCGGUUUAAGGAGAGAUAACGACGUGAAUGUUGAUAUCUUUAAAAUCAAGAAUUGUGGAAAGGUGAUGGUUUUUCUCAGUGUUGACAACCCUGACGACACCGACGGUAUGUUCGACGGGCUGCCAUUGUUUGUACAUAAUGGCCAUAACGUCAGCAAUGUCAGUAGAUCCGUACAACCUCUCGACGGAUACUGUAAAAUGUCCUGAUGGAGCGACAGGCCCGUCACCAAACUACUAACACGUGUGUUAGUGAGGAUUCACGAUAUUAGUUUGCUCAACGAACUCUUGAAGAGAUUGCAAUAAAGUUCGCAUGUUACGUGUGAAGUAUAUCAUAUUGUGUUAAGGUGGAUAAACUAUUUUGUAUUGGCAUAAAAAAAACAACAACACAAAAAACAAAAAUCUAAUAAAUCAUAUUCCUACUGAAU